AUGCAGCAGAAGAGGCCCCAGCAUGUCUUCUGUGUAACUAGGGAGUCUGAGGGUGAGCAGGAAAUAGCCACUGCGCUUCCUGCCCUAGUGUGUACUUUAGAUCAUGAAGCCUGCCUUCACCGAAGGAGCACCAGUGUGCGCAAGGAUGGAGACGUGGUGAUUGGGUGCUUUUUGUCUCUUUAUUUCUAUAUCUACUAUACUGGUAUCUUUGGUAUAAAGCCUACUAGAGAAUUCUAUUUCAUUCCGCUUAUGCCCAGCAACUACCAAAACUACCUGGCCUUCACUUUUGCCAUAGAAGAGAUCAACAGGAAUCCUCAUCUUUUACCCAACCUUUCUCUAGGCUAUGAGUUCCAUAAUUUGAUUUAUAGUCAUUGGAGGAUACUAGAGAAUUCCUUCAUUUUGCUCAUGGGACAACACGAGAUCCCUAAUUACACAUGCAGGAGGGAAAGCAAGUGUGCAGCAGUACUGACAGAAAUGCCAUGGUGCACCUCUGCUCAGAUUGGACCACUGCUGGAACUCUACAGAUUUCCCCAGGUGACCUUUGGCUCAUUUGAUCCUACACUGACUGACAGUGGCCAGUAUCCUUCUCUCUAUCAGGUGGCCCCAAAGGACACAUAUUUGGCCCUUGGCAUGGUGUCCUUGAUGCUUCAUUUCCGCUGGACCUGGGUGGGCCUGCUCAUCACAGAAGGCCAGAAGGGUCUUCAGUUUCUGUCAGAUGUCAGAGCUGAGAUGGACAGGAACAGAGUCUGUGUAGCCUUUGUGAAAAUGGUCUCAACUGUGGCUGUGUCACAUCUGGCAGCCACACAGAAACAUGAUAUCCUGACUGCAGAUACAUCAUCAGCCAAUGUGGUGGUUAUUUACUAUGAUACCGAUAGUACACAUGAUGUAAACUACAACAUAGUGCAAGACUUAGUGACGUGGAAAGUCUGGAAUCGUUUUGACACAGCCAUGAGUGAUGGGAGCUACAAUAUAUACAAUGCUGUGUACGCUGUGGCCCAUGCCCUCCAUGCGAUGCUUUUGGAAGAAGUACAAAGGCCGCCAAUGAGAAAUAGACAAGUCAUGAUGUUUUCCCCCUGGCAGCUGCACCGCUUUCUGAAGAACAUCCAAUUUCACAAUCCUGCUGGAGACCAAGUGAACUUGGAUGACAGAAGAAAACUGGACUCAGAACUCCCCGCUCAGUAUGCAGUGAAAGUUGCAAUCCUGGAUUUAGAAAAAGCCCUCAAGAGGGAAAGGCUGCCUGUUGUUUUGAUUGUACCCCUUGUGCAGACAAUGAGAUCACCAAUGGCACAGUCCUGCAGCAUGCCCAGCGCCCUUGCACGGCCAGUUUCAUUUGUCCCAUGCGGGCAGCAGCCUGUGCCUUUGAACCCUGGAUCCUAUUGGGUGACUGGGCGGAGAGCCCGUGCUUCUUGCGUGGUCCCGCUGCGGACCCCUGGCCUGGUUGUGUGUCGAGGAGCCAGUGGGGUUCUGCAGAGGGAUCCUGCCCCGCACACGGCGCUCAGCUGCUGCGGUCUGCUCCCUGCACCGCACACAUCCAGUGAGCAUCUUGGGGAUGAUGAGAAGGCAAAGAAGUGGGGGCACUCUGACCUGUUUAUUUCACCCUUAGGGAACAUCAAGCGGAACCCCAACACCAAGAGCCUCUUGAAGACAGGGACAGAGCUGAAGACCAUCAACCACUUCCUCUUCCAGAACCAGGUGGACAGCAUCAACCUGUUUAAGGUGCAGCGGUACUGCGAGAGGAGCAAGGUCAGCAGGAAGCUCUGCGGCUUCACGGAACGCUACGGCGCCGUCCUCCCGCCGCCCCGGGAGCCGUCCGGGCUGGCCGGGCUCCAGCGCUUCCUGCAGAGCGUGCAGCCCGCGGUGAGCGAGGCGCCCGCCGCGCCCCUGGAGGAGGCCGAGGUCGGGGCCACGCGGGCCGCUUCCCCGCUGAUGCACAUCGAAGGCUUCCUCGCGGCCCUCACCACCGCCAGCCAGGACGGCAGGGUCAUCCUGAGCCGCCAAGGCAGCCUCAGCCAGAGCAGCCUCAAAUUCUUGCUCCUGAAUCCAGCUGUGCACUUUGCCCAGGUGGUGAAGGAAUGCCGGGCGGUGGUCAUUGCAGGUGGCACCAUGCAGCCGAUUUUCUCAAAAUCAGCAUGGGAAGCCCCUGCCUGCCCUCCUGAUCCUGUCGGCGGGACCCGGCCCGAUGUCUCCUUAUGUUCACGCACAACAGAGCGACGUCUCAGUGGAGGGCGGCACGUGGCCCUUGGUGCCAGGGCGCCCGCUCGCUCCCGACUGUCACUGCAUGGGCCACGUGGCAGGGACACCCAGGACAUGCGUUUUGAAAAGCAUGAGUGGGUAUUGAUAUUCCUGAGUCAGAAUCAAAGAGUUAACUUAUUUGCCCUUGUACCUUUCUCAGGGCAGAUGGGGCGUGGCGGAGUAAAUAAGUGUGUGUUCAGUGACAACAAAACAGUGUCUGUGAUAUCUGGCUGCUCAGUGAACAUUUGGUUUCUUAUUAGAAACGAGUACCAGCGCCAGGUCCUUGCCCACUGGGACAAGAGUAACCUGCUGGCUGGCCUCGCUGUCAGGAAAAAGGUGAGUGGCCCUUUGCCUGGCACACACCCUCCCAGGUUGGCAGUGCCCCCAGAGCUCCGGCUGGAGUCCUCACGCUCCCUAAACCCAGAUGGUUCCACUUCUCCUGGUCCCUCACCCGCACCAUGUCCAUCUCCGGUCUCUGGGUCCUGGCCAAAGGGACCCCCAAGGAUGAAUGCCCUAAGAAGGGCUGUCCACACAGUGCAGACGGGAGACCUCACAAUCCUCGGCCCUUUUCUGGGAUGCUGUCUCUCCCUCCCUAAGAACCAGAAAGCCAGCCAGGUGGAGCAGGUGCUGGCGGCAUACUCCAGGUGCAUUAAGAGCUGUCACCAGGCGGGAGGCCCGGUGACCGGGGCCCUGCUCCUGUCUGUGGUGGGAGGGAAGAUGAGCGAAGGGAUCAACUUCUCCGAUGACCUGGGCCGGUGCGUGGUGAUGGUGGGCAUGCCCUACCCCAACGUCAGGUCUCCCGAGCUACAGGAGAAGAUGGCCUACUUGGACCAGUGCCUUCCUAGGAGCCCAGGGCGGGUGUCCCCGGGGAAGGCGCUGGUGGAGAAUCUGUGCAUGAAAGCUGUCAACCAGUCCAUAGGCAGGGCCAUCCGGCACCAGAGGGACUUCGCCAGCAUCGUGCUCCUGGACCAGCGGUACGCCCAGCCCGCUGUCCUGGCAAAGCUGCCGGCCUGGAUCCGGGACCGCGUGGAGGUCAAAGCCGCCUUUGGCGCCGCGUUCGCCGCACUGCGGAAGUUUCACCGGGAGAAGGCGGGGCCGCCCUGACGGGGGCCACAACACUGCGUGUCCUGGUCCCUCCCGUGCCUGAGAUGGAGGAUCCCGUGUGCAGCUUUCAGGGUCCACGCCUGUUCCCCAGAGCCAGCAGGUGCGGGGUCCAGGGCUGCACGGCGAAGCCAGCAGGAGCGGAUUCAGCGUGUCCCUCAGGAGCAGAGGGUCCCCAGGGCAGCUCCCGCUGGGACUCCUGCCGCUCAGGGGGGCCUGGGGUCAGCUCCCUGCCUGCCUUGGAGAGAGCAGCAGCCCCCCGCCCCACCAUGGCACCCACCUUCCCCAGGCGAGCCCCACCCUGCCUCUGCCCUUCCUGAAGAUGCGCGGGGACCCUGUGUCCAUCACCGAGACACUGAGUGGGAAGCUGCCCUUCCCCGCCCCGCACGCCACUCCUGUUCCCACACCCCUCUUCUCGCCUCAGCCCAGAGAAGGGGGCCUCGGUCCCCUGCACCUUCUACCCCACUGCUGGACCCCACGGGGGAGACAGGCCCGGCUCCAGGAGCGUCCGCGUCCUGCCCGGCCGCGCUUCCUGCUGCGCCGUGCGCGCCUGCCGUGGGCCCGUCUCCCGUGCCCCUGUGGAUUCGGUGCUUUUCCUCCCACGCCGCCUUGGAGAGGACCGCGCUGGGCGGUGUAGGGAGGGGCUGAAGCUGGAGAUAGAUCUCACACGAGGCGAGCCCCGAAAACGGGCUGCCAGCUCAGAACGGGGUGCUCGGGCCUGCGUGCAGAGCUGCCGGACGGAGGAGCUGGAGCUGCCAUCACCCUCCCGAGACGGUCAAUAAACGCGCGUAGGCGGCGGAGCAGUCCCUCCCUCCCCUCAGAGAGAGGCUCCACUGACCUCAGCUAACGUC